ACGUGUUGCAAACAUAACUGGUUUCUUCUCCAUUUUUUGUUGGUCCAUUUUCCAUGUGUUACCUGUUCGUAAGGACAGAACAUAACAAUAACCAUAGGCAUCAAUCACCGACGCAGAGAUAAGGACCCUGUUACUGUUAGCGAUCGAAUUUAGGGUUUUGAAUGGAGGAGCAACAGCACAAGACCACACUGGAUUCGGGUUGGCUCGCUGCCAGGUCCACUGAGGUCCAAUUCAAUGGGACUCAGCUCACCACUACUCACCCUCCAACUACCUCCACUUCCCCAUGGAUGGAAGCUCUCGUUCCUGGAACUGUUCUGGCGACUUUGGUGCACAACAAAGUCGUGCCUGAUCCUUUUUAUGGCCUGCAAAAUGAAGCAAUCAUAGACAUUGCUGAUUCUGGAAGGGACUAUUACACAUUCUGGUUCUUUACAAACUUUCAUUGCAAGCUUUCAAGCAAUCAGCACUGUGAUCUGAACUUUCGUGGAAUCAAUUACUCUGCUGAUGUGUAUUUAAAUGGGCACAAAAUCACCCUACCAAAAGGAAUGUUUCGAAGGCACUCUCUUGAUGUCACUGAUAUUCUUCAUCCUGAGGGUAGUAACUUGCUUGCUGUUCUUGUUCAUCCUCCGGAUCAUCCUGGGACAAUUCCUCCUGAGGGAGGACAAGGCGGUGACCAUGAGAUAGGAAAGGAUGUGACCACGCAAUAUGUUGAAGGUUGGGAUUGGAUGGCUCCAAUAAGAGAUAGGAAUACUGGAAUAUGGGAUGAGGUUUCCGUUUCUGUUACUGGGCCAGUAAAAAUAAUUGAUCCCCACUUGGUUUCAUCUUUUUGUGACAAUUAUGAGAGAGCAUAUCUACAUAAUACAUGUGAGUUGGAAAACAGGAGCUCAUGGGCUGCUGAGUGUUCAUUGACUGUCCAGGUGACAACGGAACUUGAAGAUAGCAUUUGUUUAGUAGAGCAUGUUCAAACCCAAAAUCUUUCUAUUCCUGCAAAUUCACGGGUGCAGCAACAUACAUUUCCUGAGCUUUUCAUCGACAAGCCCAAUCUAUGGUGGCCCAAUGGAAUGGGAAAGCAAUCUUUGUACAAUGUUGUUAUUAACAUUGAUGUUAAAGGAUUUGGUGAGUCUGAUACCUGGAGCCAUCACUUCGGCUUCCGCAAAAUUGAGAGUCACAUUGAUGAUGCUACUGGUGGAAGGUUGUUUAAAGUCAAUGGAGAACCAGUUUUUAUUCGAGGGGGUAACUGGAUAUUGUCUGAUGGGCUACUGCGUCUCUCAAAGAAGCGGUAUAAUACAGACAUCAAGUUUCAUGCAGAUAUGAAUUUUAACAUGAUUCGUUGCUGGGGUGGUGGACUGGCAGAAAGGCCAGAGUUUUAUCAUUAUUGUGAUUAUUAUGGCCUUCUGGUAUGGCAAGAAUUCUGGAUUACUGGGGAUGUUGAUGGACGUGGUGACCCAAUAUCUAAUCCAAACGGUCCACAGGACCAUGACCUUUUCUUGUUUUGUGCUAGAGACACAGUCAAGCUUCUAAGAAAUCAUCCUAGUCUUGCCCUAUGGGUGGGUGGAAAUGAACAAAUUCCCCCAGAUGAUAUAAAUGCUGCUCUGAAAAAUGAUCUGAGGCUUCAUCCUUAUUUUGAACGUGUAGAUGAAAAUAGCAAACCUGUAGGAGACAUGUCCCCAAUGUUGAGUGAUCCUAGCCAGUAUCUUGAUGGCACUCGCAUUUACAUACAAGGUUCAUUGUGGGAUGGUUUUGCUGAUGGGAUGGGAGGCUUCAGUGAUGGUCCUUAUGAAAUUCAAAAUCCUGAAGAUUUCUUCAAGGAUUCCUUUUACGAUUAUGGAUUCAAUCCAGAGGUUGGUUCUGUGGGAGUGCCAGUUGCAUCUACCGUAAGAGCAACAAUGCCUUCAGAAGGAUGGGAGAUACCUGUGUUUAAGAAACUUUCCAAUGGUUAUGUAGAAGAAAUUCCAAAUCCCAUAUGGGAAUAUCAUAAAUACAUUCCUUAUUCAAAACCAACCAAGGUUCAUGAUCAGAUUCAACUUUAUGGUGCUGCUAAAGAUCUUGAUGAUUUUUGUUUGAAGGCUCAACUUGUUAACUACAUACAAUAUAGAGCUCUUUUGGAGGGAUGGACUUCUCGUAUGUGGAGCAAAUAUACAGGUGUAUUAAUAUGGAAGACGCAAAAUCCUUGGACUGGUCUAAGAGGUCAAUUUUAUGAUCACCUACUUGACCAAACGGCAGGUUUCUAUGGUUGUCGAUGUGCUGCAGAGCCAAUUCAUAUACAGCUUAAUCUGGCUACAUAUUUUAUAGAGGUUGUUAAUACUACAUCAGAAGAAUUGUCUAAUGUAGCUAUUGAAGCUUCAGUAUGGGAUCUCGAAGGAACAUGCCCAUACUUCAGGGUUCAUCAAAAUAUCUCUUUGCUGCCAAAAAAAGUAGCACCUAUUGCUGAGAUGAGGUAUCCAAAGUCAAAAAAUCCAAAGCCAGUCUACUUUCUUCUUCUCAAACUCUACCACAUGUCAGAUUAUAGAAUUAUAUCUAGAAACUUUUAUUGGUUGCAUCUUUCUGGUGGAGAUUACAAGUUAUUGGAACCAUAUAGUAAGAAGAAAAUACCUCUCAAGAUAACAUCGAAGGUUUCGAUUGAAGGAUCCACUUAUAAUAUUCAAAUGCAUGUGAAGAACACAUCUAGAAUACCAGACUCUAAAAGUUCAACAUUUGAGCACAGUUCAACAGUUAGGCUAAGGGAUGGUUUUUAUGGUACAGACUCACUGGAAACUGUACAUUAUGGGGCUGGAAAAGAACAUGAAAGUGGUUGGUUUAAGAGGAUACAUAGAUGUUUUGCUGGGGAAAGUGAUGGUUUGAAAGUUACUGAAAUAAAUGGGCAUGAUGUAGGUGUUGCUUUCUUUCUUAAUCUUUCUGUACAUGCUUCAAACUCGGACUACAAGGAAGGGGAAGACACAAGAAUUCUUCCGGUUCAUUACUCAGAUAACUAUUUUUCACUGGUCCCAGGAGAAGCCAUGCCUAUAAAAAUAUCUUUUGAGGCUCCUCAGGGUGUCACUCCUCGAGUUAUUCUGCAUGGCUGGAAUUACCAUGGAGGACAAACCAUUCAUGAAGUUGUAUGAUAAUCGUACCCAACCGUGUGAAAUGAUUAAGUCUUGUAUUUUAUCAUUAAAAAAUUGUUUUUCUCUUUUAAUCUUUUGUUUUUCUACACCUUAGGGGACUAAUGUACCCUUGCAACAACAUUUGAAUAUUAAUCAGAGCAAUU